ACCUCGAAGCCGCGCGGAACUGACGCGCUGGGCCCGCUUGAAAACUUUGUCGAUCGUCGCGCGACCAAUACUCAGUUGUGACGAGGAAAACUCUCGCCUUCCCGUGUGUGCCGGGAGUAACCGAUCGAGUUCCUCAGCGCCGAUGCAUUGGCGACCGAUCGCCGUCGAGCACGGGAUCGAGGAGCGAUUUAUUUAUCGGUAGAACAGUGUCUGCUGCUCUUCACUACUUCGGGCCCCGCGCCGCGCUCGUGCUUUAAUACGUAUCGUGUGUACAUACACUUGAUUCUCUCCGUUUGUUUAUCGCGAUGUGUUUGUGGUUUCGCGAGUAGCUUAGUUUCGCGCUAAGUCCAUCAGUGAUUCAGUGACGAAGGCGGACUCGUUCCGACCAACGAGAUCGCCCUUUGACGAAAAAAGAGAGAAAGAAAGGAAGAUAGAAAAAAGAAGAAAAAAGAAAUCGUGCGGCAGUUGUCACUCGCGAGGACGAGCGCCAACCGACGAUUUUUCUAAAAGCAAGAGAAGAGGAAAACAGUCGCUCAGCUUCGAGCGAAAAGCAAGUUUGAUCUAAGAUUCGAAGGACUGGAAUCGAGACCGCCGGAGUUAGAUGGGAGCGCGGAGAAAAGCAGUAGCAGCAGCAGCAGCAGCAGCAGAAGAGAACGCAGCAGAUAGUAUAGCGUGCAGAGCAGAGUGAUCGUCCUCGCAUACGCGCGCUCGCUCCCGCAGUCCGCGCAUAUAGCCGUGUUGUCGUCGCAGCGGAAUGUCAUCUGUCUUCUCGCCGCGGGAAAAGUCGACGAGCUACGCGAGCUCCCGAGCCGAUACACUCUGAUUGGCGUCGAAUGAGCCGUGGCCGCUAGCGAACCCGAGCGAUGGUCAUCGAGGAAGAUUCAGCAUCCGAGCAGUGAGCGAGAGCAGCGCUAUACACGCAGAGCAGCAGCCGACGCGAGAGCGGUGCAGCCAGACGGCAGAGUGGAGAGGAGCGCGAGGACUCGGAGCGGCGAGGCGCGGAGGAAUGCCAGCCCCGAGAUAGCGGGCCGCGGGACGAGGCGGAGGUCCAGGAUGCGCCGAGGCUGCUGCCUGCUGCUGGCGCUGGCCGCGCUGCUGGCGGCGCCGGCGAGCGCGCGGGCCGAGCACGUGCGCUACCUCGAGGUCUCGGAGAACGCGCCGCCGGGCACGCGGGUGGGCUUCAUCGACGCCGACAGCCCGCCCUACCUGAUCGUGCCCGUGCCCGGCUCGGCCGUCGACUCGGACCUGAUCGUCGACCAGGCGACCGGCGAGAUCCGCACGCGCGUGCCGCUGGACCGCGAGAGCCGGCCCUCCUACAGCCUGGUCGCGCUGCCACAGAACGUGCGCGUGGUGGUGAAGGUGCUGGACGAGAACGACAACGCGCCGAGCUUCCCGCUCGAGCGGGUGGACGUGGAGUUCCCGGAGAACUCGCCGCGGGACUCGAAGCGCGCCCUGCCGCCCGCCAAGGACCCGGACCUCGACCAGUACAGCACGCAGCGCUACGAGAUCGUCUCGGGCAACGAGGGCGAGGCCUUCCGGCUGGCGGCGCACCGCGGCCGCGACGGCGUGCUCUACCUCGACCUGCAGAACAGCGCGGCCCUGGACCGCGAGGCGCGCGCCGGCUACCAGCUGCUGGUCGAGGCCCUCGACGGGGGCUCGCCGCCGCUGCGCUCGCGACUGCACGUCAACGUCACCGUGCAGGACGUCAACGACAACCCGCCGAUCUUCAAGCAGAGCCGCUACGUGGCCAGCGUGCCGGAGAACGCGACGGUCGGCACGGCCGUGCUCAAGGUCGACGCGAGCGACGCCGACGCCGGCGAGAACGGGCGCAUCGAGUACUCGAUCAACCGGCGCCAGUCGGACCGCGAGGAGAUGUUUCGCAUCGACCCCGAGACCGGCAUGGUCUACGUCAACAAGGCGCUGGACUUCGAGUCGAAGGAGCGGCACGAGCUGGUGAUCGUGGCGCGCGACCGUGGCGCCCAGCCGCUCGAGGCCUCAGCCUUCCUCUCGGUGCACGUGAGCGACGUCAACGACAACCAGCCGGCCAUCACCGUCAUCUUCCUCUCGGACGACGCGACGCCCAAGAUCAGCGAGAGCGCCCAGCCGGGCGAGUUCGUCGCACGCAUCUCCGUGAGCGAUCCCGACUCGCGCGCCGAGUACUCCAACGCGACGGUCACGCUGCGCGGGGGUGAGGGCCACUUCGGCCUGGCGACGCGCGACAAUAUAAUCUACCUGGUGGUGGUCGAGCGGCCGCUGGACCGCGAGGAGCGGCCCCACUACGAGCUCUCGGUCGAGGCGACGGACGCGGGCACGCCGCCGCUCAGGGCCGUGCGCUCCUUCCGGCUGCUCGUCACCGACGUCAACGACAAUGCGCCGCGCUUCCUGCGCGACAGCUACGAGGCCCACCUGCUCGAGGCCUCGGAGCCGGGCACCUCGGUCAUCCGGGUCAGCGCCGAGGACGCGGACGAGGGGCCGAACGCCCGGGUCAGGUACUCGCUCCUCAACUCCACCUGGUUCGCCAUCGACGAGGACACGGGCCUCAUCAGCACCGCAGCGCACGUCGACUGCGAGGCCGACCCGGCGCCGCUCCUCACCGUCCUGGCCACGGACUCGGGCAAGCCGCCCCUCAGCGCUAGUGCGACGGUUCGAGUGACAGUGCACGACGUCAACGACAACGAGCCCAUCUUCGAGAAGCCGCUCUACAACGUCAGCCUGCCAGAGGACCUGCCCCCGGGACGCUGCUUUAUCAAGGUUCAGGCAUCGGACCCAGACUGCGGCGUCAACGCGAUGGUCAACUACACCUUGGCACCGAGCAGCGGCGCGGCGGAGCAGUUCGUCGUGCGCAGCGACACCGGCGACAUUUGCGUCAGGGCGCCGCUCGACAGAGAGACCGCGGCUUAUCACGAGCUGCCAGUCAUCGCUACCGAUAGAGGUGGCCUCAGCACGACGUCGAUCGUGCGCGUCCUGAUGACGGACGUGAACGACAACCGGCCGAUCUUCGAGCCCCGCGAGUACAACGUCAGCCUGAGGGCGGAGAGCCCGGUGAGCGGGCCGAUCCUGCGCUGCGUCGCCAGCGACGCGGACGCGGGCUUCUUCGGCCAGGUGGCCUACAGGAUUUCGGGCGGCAACGAGGCCAACAUCUUCCGCAUCGACCGGUCCACCGGCGAGAUCCACGUGGCCCAGACCAAUCAGCUCGCGCAAUCCUCCACGUACCUACUGAACGUCACGGCAACCGACGGCGCUGGUCUCAAGAGCAUCCUCGACGCGAGCGUGAGGAUCACCACGACGACUCCCGGACAGCGCACCGCCGCAUGCGACCGGCCGAGAUACAGCAUCAGCAUCAAGGAGAACGUCGCCCAGAAUACCUUUAUCGGCAGCAUCAGGGAUCCCAGCGUCUCCUCCGCUACCGGCAAUACGCUGAACAGGUUUUACCUGGUGACGGAAGAGCCCGAGCUGUCUUUGGAGGCCGGCACAGGGGCUAUACGCACGAGACUUCCGCUGGAUCGAGAGACUCGCGAUCGCUACGUCCUCAGCGUCGAGGCUCGCAACGGAAUCUCCGUUGGCUACUGCCAGGUGGAGAUCGUCGUGGAGGACGUGAAUGACAACCCGCCACAGUUCCCGCUGAGCAGCGUGCGCAUCUCGGUGGCCGAGUCCCACCCGCUCCACACGGCCCUGUACGUGGCUAGCGCGAGCGACCCGGACAGCACGCCGGCGACGCCGCUGCGCUACAGCAUCCAGCAUAACAGCAACGAGCUGUUCGGUAUCGACGCGAGGUCCGGCGAGGUCUACCUGGCCCGCCGCCUCGACUACGAGACGCAGCAACGGCACCGGCUGAUGAUCAGCGCCCUCGACGGCGCCGGCCUCUCCGCCAACCUCAGCCUCAGCGUCGAGGUGCAGGACGUAAACGACAACCCGCCGGUGUUCGAGAGGAACGAGUACCACGUCGAGGUCUCCGAGGGCGCCCGGCUAAACUGGCAGAUAGUGCAGGUGACGGCGGUGGAUCUGGACACGGGCAACAACGCGCGGCUGAGCUACCGGCUGCAGGGCUCCGGGCCGUUCCGUGUGAGCCCGAACAGCGGUUGGGUCACGUUGGCCGGACAGCUGGACCGCGAGACGCUCGACCGCUACAGCCUCACGGUCCUGGCGACGGACAACGGCUCGCCCGCGGCCACGGCCAGCGCCUCGAUCCUCGUGACGGUGCUCGACGACAACGACAACGAGCCCCGUUUUGAGAAGGAUCUCUACGCGUUCGAGCUCCUUGAGAACCUGCCCUCGGGCAUGCUCGUCGGCACGGUCAGCGCCUCCGAUACCGAUCUCGGCAAGAAUGCUCUGCUGAGGUACGCGGUGGUCCAGGCCAACAGCAGCUUCGCCGUCGAUCCCGAUACCGGUGAGAUAACCACGCGCGAGCCAUUGGACCGGGAGAGCAAGGCCGUGCACGAGCUGGUGCUGGAGGCCCGCGACCAGGGCACGCCCUCGAGGGCGGCGCGGGUGCCGCUGAGGGUGAGCGUGCUCGACGUGAACGACAACUCGCCCGAGAUCGUCGACCCCCAGGGGGACGUCGUGAGCGUGCGCGAGGAGCAGCCGCCCGGCACCGAGGUCGCACGGGUCAGGGCCUUGGACAACGACCUCGGGGAGAACGCCUCCGUCACCUACACCAUCCUCAAGGAUCGCGACUCGGACGGCUACAACGUCUUCGCCAUCGACCCCAUCAGCGGCAUGAUCAAGACCAAGGUCGCGCUGGAUCACGAGGAUCGCAACGUCUACCGGCUCUCGGUUAAGGCCAGCGACGCCGGCAGGCCGGCUAGGCAUAGCGUGCGGGCGCUGCGCGUCGAGGUUCUCGCCUUGGCGGACAAUCGGCCGACCUUCACCAGCAGCAGCCUCAGCUUCAAAGUGCGAGAGGACGCGAGCAUAGGCGAGGCGGUGGGCUCGGUGUCGGGUGCCGGGCCCGCGGGCAGAGUCGCCUACACGCUCGACUCGCUGCGCCCGCUGAGCCGGGUGCCCGCCUUCGACGUGGACCGUGUCUCGGGCCAGCUGGUGGUGGCGCACUCGCUCGACCGCGAGAACAUCAGCGAGUACCAGCUGGAGAUCCGGGCGCUGGACACGACCUCGAUCGGCAACCCGCAGAGCAUCGCCGUCUCGGUGAGGAUCGAGAUCGAGGACGCCAACGACAACGCGCCGCGCUGGCCGCAGGACCCGAUCGUCCUCAAGGUCUCGGAGCGCGCGCUCAUCGGCUCGAGCAUCUACAACCUCAGCGCCACGGACCUCGAUGACGGGCCGAACGGCGAGCUGCGCUACGGCCUCGUGGCCGAGUACCCGCCGACCGGCAGCUUCGCCGUCGACUCGCUCACCGGCGCCCUCACCCUCGCCAAGCCGCUCGACCGCGAGGAGCGCUCCGAGUACACGCUCGUGCUCAAGGCCGAGGACCGGGCGCCCGCCGCCGAGCGGCUCGCCUCCACCGUCACGGUCAGGGUCCUCGUGCUCGACCAGAACGACAACGAUCCGGUCUUUGUUGCGCCGCAAGUCUCGAGGCUGCCCGUCGCCCCCGACGUGCCUCCCGGUGGCGCGCUGGUGCGAGUGGUGGCGGUGGACAAGGACGAGGGCGACAACGGCCGCGUCUCCUACGUGAUCAGCUCGGGCAACGAGGAGGGCCGCUUCUCCGUGGGCUACGACUCGGGCCUGGUGAGCCUGGUGCGGCCACCGCUGCUGCGGCCGAGCGAGCUCGAGAUCACGGCGAACGACCACGGAGUGCCGCCGCGCAAGGCCAGCCUCAAGCUGACGCUGACGACGGCCGCCGGCCAGACCAGCGGACCGCCCCGGCUGCUGCUUCCGAGCCCGGUCGCCAGGGUCAGCGAGAAUCUGCGCGUCGGCGCCGACGUCGCGAGCGUCGCUGGGGCCGCAGUGCUCGACCAAGGAAACGUGAGCUUCAGCAUAGCAAAGGGCGUAGCGUCGGACGUGUUCGGCGUAUCGAGCAGCGGCGCGGUGAGCCUGCUGGCGCCUCUGGACCGCGAGAAGACGAGCCGCUACUCGGUGCCGGUGCUCGCCCGCUCGAGCAAGCUCCUCGACCUGGCCACCCUCGAGAUCUUCGUGCUCGACGAGAACGACAACAGCCCGGAGUUCGUGCCCGGCUCGUGCUACACGCUCGCCGUGCCGGAGAACCAGGAGAACGCCGUUGUGCACACGCUCGCUGCGACCGACGCCGACGAGGGCAAGAACGGCGAGAUCUCAUACAGCAUCAUAAGCGGCAACAUCGGCUCCAAGUUCAAGCUGGACGCGGUGACGGGCGUGCUGUCGGCCGGCAGCCUGGACCGCGAGGCCGUGCCCAAGUACGUGCUGACGGUGUCGGCCAAGGACAAGGGCCGGCCGAGUCUCGAGGCCCGCUGCAACCUGACCGUGGUCGUGCUCGACGUGAACGACAACGCGCCCAGCUUCCUGCACAACCAGUACAGCGAGCCGAGGCUGCGGGCCGCGUUCGCCGGCGGCGACUUCGAGACCUACGUCGCGGCCAGCUUCAGCCAGGGCAAGUACUCGACCAGCGUCUCGGAGGACGUCGCGCCCGAGUCGAGCAUCAUGCAGGUACGCGCCACCGAUUCGGACCAGGGGGUCAACGGCAAGAUCACCUACUCCAUCGCCGAGGAGUCCAGCUGGCUCUUCCGAGUCGACAAUCUCACGGGAGUCAUCACGACGGCUGGAAGCCUGGAUCGCGAGCAGCAGAGCUUGUACAGGUUCCUGGUGGUGGCGACCGACAGCGGCAAGUACGAGGCUCGCCAGACCUCGGUGCCGGUCGAGAUCUACAUCGGCGACGUCAACGACAACCGGCCGAUUUUCGAGGAGUACCCGUUCAAGGCCCGAGUCCCCGUGAGCACUCAACCCGGCCAGAACAUCCUGCGGGUCAAGGCGAACGACGCCGACGACGCAGCGAACGGCGAGAUCGUCUACUCGUUUCCGCGCGAGCAGGACAAGCCCAAGUUCCGCAUCCACCCGAGCACCGGCAUCGUCACCGUCACUUCCAGUCUCGCCCAGGAGAACGGGCGCGUCUACAGGCUGGAGGUCCUCGCCACGGACAAGGGCAACCCGCCGCUGAGCGCCCGGGGCCUCAUCGAGUUUCGCAUCGGCGAUCUCUCGGACCUCGCGCCGGUUCUCAAGUUCCAGAACGACAGCUACGACAUCGUCGUCCAGGAGAACUCGGCCGCCGGAACCGAGGUCAUCCAGGUGACCGCCGUGAGGUCCGACGGCAGGAGGCAGCAGGUCACCUACUCGAUCGGCUCGGGCAACGACCUGCAGAUCUUCGGCAUCGACGAGGAGACCGGCGUGCUCAGGGUCAACGAUCCCUCGAGACUCGACGCCGAGCUCUGCAACGACACGAGGAAGGCGGAGUCGAGCCUCCUCGAGGACAGGGACCAAGACGGCCAGAACAGGUACUGGCUGAGCUCCGUGGAGAGCGAGCAAGCCAAAGAAAGAAUGAAGGAGGGCUCGAGGUUCGUUUUGACGCUCGUCGCCAAGACGGUCGGCCCUGAUCCGCUCGAGGCCUACGCAAAGCUCGUCGUUCGGAUAUCCGACGUCAACGACAAUGCGCCGAUCUUCACGCAGUCUCAGUACUCGGCAACUGUGCUCGAAGGCAACGCCAAGGGUGAUUUCGUCGUCAAGCUUUCCGCCAGCGAUAUGGAUCAAGGCUUGAACAGCAGACUCUUGUACCACAUAGUCGACGGCAAUCCUGACAACGCGUUCACGAUAAAUCCACCGUACAGCGGGAUAGUACGCACCAACAUCGUUCUCGAUCGGGAAAUCCGAGAAAAGUAUCGCUUGACUAUCAUCGCCACCGACCAGGGCAAUCCACAGCUGACUGGAACAGCCGCGCUGAGCGUCAGAGUGAUCGACAUCAACGACAACCAGCCUACUUUCCCGGAGCCGAAAAUCAUUUCCGUUCACGAAGGAACUGCGCCAGGCAGCGUGCUCACGGCGAUCACAGCCAACGACGUGGACAGCUCGCCAGCGCUGACGUACCGAUUCAGCAACGUCAGCCAUCCGGGUCCGUUCAGCAUCGACCGAUUCGGCGGUCGCGUCGUUCUCACCGGCAAGCUCGACGCCGAGCUCCGCUCCGAGUACACGCUGCACGUGCUGGCGAGCGACGGCCUGCACGAGGCGACGACUGAGCUGACGGUCAGGGUCACCGAUCUCAACGACAACCCGCCUCGCUUCGAGCAGGUCGCCUACAUCACCACGCUCUCAGAAGAACGAGGCAACGUACAGGAAGUGCUGAGCGUCAACGCCACCGACGAUGAUUCGACGGACGAGAACAACGGGAUCCGCUAUCGACUCGUUCGCCCGAUGAAGGGCUUUACCGUUCACUCCGUCAGCGGAGUGCUCCUGGUCAACCGAACGGCCCUGCCGAAACCGCUGCCCAAGGAGAUCGAGCUGUCCAUCAUAGCGGAGGACUCCGGCAAGCCGCCCCUUAGCGCCAUAUGCUCGGUGGUCGUGCGUUUGAACGGGCUCAAGAACAACGUGCCGGGCCGGGAGUACAAGGUCUCGAUCAAGGAGAACGCGACCAGGGGAACCAGUCUGAUGAAGCUGGCGGACGUCGACUUGCUCGACGGCACGAUCGUCGCCGGAGACGAGGGCGGAUUCUUCGAGGUCUCGAGGGGAAGACUCAUCCUGGCCAGGCCACUGGACCGGGAAACGCGGGAAAGGUACGUCAUACGGUUGGGCGCCAAGGACGAGAACUCGACGACGGGCUCGCUGGUCGGCGACGACCCGGUCACGGUCAUCAUCAACGUGGACGACGUCAACGACAACUAUCCCCGCUUCCUGGAGGAGCUGCACCAGGUCUCCAUCAAAGAGGACGCGCCCCUCGGCCACACGGUCGCCGUGCUGCGGGCCAAGGACGAGGACCUCGCCGGCAGCCCGGCGGCGAGCAUCGUCUACGACAUCACGUCCGGCAAUGACGCGGCCCUCUUCCGCGUGGACGAGUCGUCGGGCGCGGUGCUGGUCAACGCGAGCCUCGACUGCGAUCUCGGCCCGGAGGUCUACCAGCUGGUGGUGAUGGCCUGCGACAGCGAGCCGCCCGCCGGCCGGCUCUGCGCGCUGGCGCGGCUCCGCGUGCGCCUCGAGGACGUGAACGACAACUCGCCCAAGUUCCCCGUGUCGGAGUACCUCGAGUUCGUCGGCGAGAACGAGCCGGCGGGCACGACCGUGUUCGCGGCCCGCGCCUCCGACCUCGACCGCGGCGUCUACGGCGCGCUCAACUACUCGAUCGUCUCGGCGGCGAUGGCGGCGGCGGCGGCUAACGGCUUCUCCGACAUCGACGACAGCUGGAAGCUCUUCUCCAUCGACCCCAGGUCCGGGGCCGUGACGACGCGCGCCGUUUUCGACUACGAGCAGCGCAACCGGUACGCCUUCAGCGUGCGCGCCACCGACACCGGCGGCCGCAGCACCGCCGUCCGGGUCCGCGUGGAGAUCGACUCCCGCGACGAGUUCUACCCGCAGUUCACCGAGCGCAUGUACCGCUUCGGCGUCAGGCCCGGCACGGCCCUGCAGUCGGGCAGCGUCCUCGGCUACGUCACCGCCACCGACCGGGACAAGGGCCCCGACGGCCGCGUCGUCUACCAGCUGACCUCGCAGCACCCGUUCUUCAAGCUCAACCGGACGAGCGGCGCGCUCAUAGUCAAGCAGAAGCUCCUGCACGCCGUGGCGGGUCUCGAGGAGUCCACGAGGCUCGUCGUGAGCGCCAGCUCCGGCCGGCAGGGCUCCCUCUCGAACAUGACGGUGGUGGAGGUCUCGCUGCUCGACGGCGACGACCUGUCCGUGGCCCGCGGCAGUGACUCGGGCUUCGCCACGCCGACCAACAGCGUCGGCGCGAACAUGGCCGUGGCUGCGAGCAACGGCCUGGCCGACUGGGCCCUCGGGCUGCUGAUCGCCCUGCUGCUGCUCGUCCUGGGCUUCGGCUCGAUCUUCCUCUACCUGCACAUCAAGAGCCGCCGGCACAAGAAGCCCGGCGGCAGCAAGCCCGGGCUCAACGGCGAGAGCAACGCCACGGCCUCGAACAGCUACGUGGACCCGAGCGCGUUCGACACCAUCCCCAUACGCAGCGUCGGCGGGGUCGGCGGCGUCGGCGGCGUUGGGGCCCACGGGAACGGCGGCGCCGGCGUCGAAGCCUCCUGCCAGUUCGCGCCGCCCAAGUACGACGAGAUCCCGCCGUACGGGACCUCCGGCCAGUCAGGCACCCAGGCCACCUCCGAGCUGUCCGGCGGUAGCGACCGGUCGGGCUCCUCGGGCCGCGGCUCCGCCGAGGACGACGGCGAGGACGAGGAGAUCCGCAUGAUCAACGAGGGCCAGCAGACCGGCGACUCGGCGAGCGACCUCUCGGUGCACAACACCCAGGAGUACCUGGCGCGGCUGGGCAUCGUCGACCCGCCCGCCGGGACGCCGCGCAGGCCGCCGGAGGCGCUGCCGCUCGACAGCCUGCACCUCUUCGAGGACGAGACGGCCACGGAGGCCGACAUCGCGACCCUCAUCUACGGCAAGAUCGGCGAGCCCAGCAGGCCCACCUCGGGCCUCGAGGUGCCCGGGGGGCCCUCGAUGAACGGCUCCCUCAGCUCGAUAGUGCACAGCGAGGAGGAGCUCACGGGCUCCUACAACUGGGACUACCUGCUCGACUGGGGCCCGCAGUACCAGCCGCUCGCUCACGUCUUCAGCGAGAUCGCGAGGCUCAAGGACGACGCGGCCAGUGUGCAGAGCGGCCACUCGGCCGGCAGCGGCAAGGCCAAGCCCCUGCACAAGGCGCCGCCCCCGCCGCUGCUCACCUCCGUGGCGCCGAGGUCGCUCACCGCCCCGGCCAUGGCCAGGGGUAUGCUGCCCAGGUCGCCCAUCAGCCAUGAUGCCUCGACCUUCCCCUCGGCCGCGCUCAGCCCGAGCUUCUCGCCCUCGCUCUCGCCGCUGGCCACCAGGAGUCCCAGCAUCAGCCCCUUGGUUCCUACCGCGACGCCGCGAGGCCACUGCCCGCCCAGGGCCAUACCCAUCAGCGACGCGGAGCUUCGCAUUUGAAUCGUCGAUGGCACAUCGAUCUGUUCGUGUGAUAAAGACAAUUGUGUAACGGAGAGGACAAGACUCGGCGUACUUCGAAUAUCCGUAGAUUUUAUCGAUCUUUGCUGCACUGCAUUUUUCCGAACUGGUGUAUUUAUUUGUAAUUCGAAUACUGCGAAUACUUGUAUGUUAAAGAAUAUAACUGCCAUCUGUCGAUAUCCCCGCGAAUUCGACUUCAAUAUCAUGAGGGCUUCAUGUAUAGGUAUAUAGGUAGGAAGACUGUCUGAAUAUGCGAUCGAUGAUCCGCGCCUAGCCGCAAUGUUCUGUAUGAUAUAGCUUUAGAGAAACUCAGCGAUGAGUCGGCUAGCUCCUUAGUCCAAUGUAUUGUUAGUAGUCCUGCCACUUGUCGACGAGUGCCGAGAAAUGCUCACAGACUGUGUGGCUCUUUUGUACAUAUACCAGCGUGCGUAAUCGCUACGUUUAGAACCGCUUAGCUGUAAGUAGCAACUGUAAAUAUGCGACUAUAAUUAUGUUAAUUUUUGUAAUAUGAUAACAAAAAGGGAAGCCGCGUGAUUCGUCUGUAAAUACGUCGAUCGUUCGGACAACCGGCUGUUGUUCUUUCGAUUCUUCGAACGCGUCGCCACGACUCUUUUCUUCGCUUAAGCACGACAAUGUCACGAGAGAACUGAUACUGAAUUCGUGACCUACUAUUAUAAAUUCAUCAUUAUAUUGACACGUCAUUACGAAUAGUUUUACUUAUUUGCUAUGUGUAAAUCAGAAUGAGUUCAUCGAUAAUAUUUCGUUAUGUACUAUAUAGGCGACGACGGAUGUAUAGUUUUAUAAAAGCGUAACGUAUGCAUUUGUAAAAACAUUGUUCAUACUACUGUACAAAAUCCAAAACAAGUUUCACAGACCCCGUGGAGCUUUCAAUAAAUGAAUUUUUUAGAAUCAUA